AUGCCCAAGUACGUCCUGACCGGCUGCGACGGCAACAUCGGCAGCGUAGCGGCCUCCUACGCCCUCUCGCUCGCCGGCCCAGACGACGAGCUGGUCCUGACCAGCCAUAAGCCGGGUUUCGUACACGAUGAUCUCGUUGCGCAGGCGAAAGAAAAAGGCGCCAAGAUAUUCAUGCUCAAUUAUGACGACCCGACCCACCUGGUGCGCGUCUUUGCCGGCGCCGAGGCCGUCUCCUUCAUCUCCACCUGGCUGAUCGGCAAGGGCCGGCGCAGGCAGCACAAGAACGUCAUUGACGCUGCCAUGGCUGCGGGAGUGCGGCGCAUCUGCUAUACGAGCUUCGUCGGGGCUGACCUCGGUGACGGCGGCGAGGACAUGCCAUUCCUGCCACGAGACCACGCCUACACGGAGAACCUGAUCCGCGCUAGUGGUCUGCAGUACAACAUCCAGCGGAACUACCUGUACAUGGACAACAUCCCACAGUUCCACGCGCAGAGCUGGGGUUUCACGGGUGAUAGAUGGCUGUCUAAUGAUGGUGAUGUGAAAGGGGCAUUUGUGGCGAGGGAUGACUGUGGGCGGGUCCUCGGGGCGUUACUGAUGGGCAAGGGAGAGCCUAAUACGGUGUACACCGUCACCGGGCCAGAGGCUGUUUCGAACCGAGAGAUAUUUGAGUGGAUGGCUAGCCAAAGUGGCUACAAAGGGACGUUUGAGAACUUGAGCGACGAGGAACUGGAGAAGUGGUGGAAGGCGAAGGGUCUGCCCUAUGAUGUGUACGGGGACUUUUCUAAAACACCAUGCAAGCUUUGCAUGUACGAUCUGCUUUGUUCGGGACAGAUGGUUGCUUGGGGCCAUAUGAGAGAGACGACAGACGCCGUGGAAAGACUGACGGGACGGAAACCUCAGGGAUUCCGGGAGUAUCUGCUUAAGUACAAGGAUUCUUUCCCGAGACCUGAAUAG